UGAUCAUCUAGGAAGUAAUGACUAAAAUAAUAGAAAACACUAAUACCACCAGAUCCAAAAAUCUGCCUUUUUGGAAAUAUGAAGUCUGAAUCUGAACAAAAGUUCUGAAAAAUGCAUUGAUAUAGCUCUCCCCCCCUCUCUAUUUUAAAAUAGGUAUCAGAGAUGACAAACUGAAUGCCAUUAGACAACAAACAUGAUGUAUUAUCUGGCAACCUUUUAUUGAUGACAUGGAAACAUUACCUGUACCCCACCUGGACCCUCUGUAACCCGCUUUGUUAUAGAUAAAUACUCAAUGCACUUUAUGAAUGAAAAAAAAACAUCUCUUUGGGGGUAUUUUAUGAUAUACUUGUGGGGCUUCCUUCUGAUCAGAAUUGAACUUCCCUUUCAUUCCAUUAUUAUUUAUUAUAAGUUUUUGUUCACCUUUUUCUUUCCUGAUUUAUUUUGAACAGCUCUGUUAGGAAAGAUACUGGUACAGUGAAGUUUGGAAGAGGACCAAAUGGUAGAGGGGCAGUUAGGCAACAAACCACACAAACUCAUUCUUUAAAUGAUUUCACUUCGCUAUAAUUCAUGUCAACAAAACAAAUGCUCGUAAAGGGAUGUGCAGGGGCUGUUAUUUCCUGUGCAUUUCACUAUCUGUGAUUAAUGAUGUGCAAUGUGAGGUAAUGAAAUACCUCAAUGCUGUUUUGCACAAAAAUACAUAAUUAUGGUUUCAAAGGUUUAAAUCUCCCAAAGCUUUGUUAAAACAGUCUCAACGUAAACAUGAUCAUCACAUAUUUCACACGUUUGAAAUCUUGUGAUUUCAUCUGUAAUUGAAAUUUUUUUUAAUGCAUAUUUAGCUGUAUAGUUCUGGUGUAACCAACACUUAAAAAAAACUUCUACAGUUUUAUGGUUGAGUGGAUAUUAACAACGUUAUCAUAAUUGGUCCAUGCAGGAAAGGUCCUGCAUCUAAUGGGAUGCAGAGGGGUUGGUUCCUCUGUGCAGCCCCGCCUCUGUGUCCUGUUGGGAUUUACUCGAACAGGGAUGCGUGUGUGUGUGUGUGUGUGUGUGUGAGUGUGUGUGCGUGCGUGUGCGGGUUUGUGUGUGUUAUUUACAUUGUGGUGUCGGUGCUGGCUGCUCACACGUGCCGCUGUCCGUCGUCUUUGUCCUGCUUCACAGCUUCACUGGCUGCCAUGAGCGCUGCCUAGGGAGAGGAGCUGACUGACUGACGCCUUUGCCUUUUCCUUAUGAGUACUACAGCUCCCCUGCGGCUCUCCUCACCAACAUCCUGUCAUUGCAUCGCGGGAGGAGUCCUAUCUAUUUUUUUCCGAGGCUCAGUGACUGGAUUACUCUGAGCGAUACCCAGCGACGUCUGCCCACCUGGAGGACCCGGGAUGAAGGAUCUCUUCAGGGCUUUAAUUCGGGCUCCGGCCGGGCUGCUUUGUUUUGGAUGACGCGCAGAGGGUUCCUCGUUGUCUUUAUGUUGCGCCCUGAUUUGGAAAACCCCCAUCCCAUCCUGAGAUCCAUGCCCCGGUUCCUGAACCGUUGUCAUCAUGUCCCCAGCAUCGGCUGCCACCGCCAGUGAAAGCAGCACCACCACCGUGCCCGAGGAAGAGGAGCCGAGCAGCCCCAGGGAGGAGCAGCGACCUCAGAAACAGUCCCUGACUAAAUCCCUCUGUCAGGAGACUCACUGGAAAUGUCUGCUGCUGACCCUGCUGAUGUACGGCUGUGUUGGGGUGAUGGCCUGGUGCCAGGUGACCAAGGUCACGCGCCUCUCCUUCGACAGCGCCUACAAGGGGAAGUCUAUGAUGUACCAUGACAGCCCCUGCUCCAACGGCUACAUCUACAUCCCCUUGGCCUUCCUGGUCAUGCUCUACGUGGUUUACCUGGUGGAGUGCUGGCACUGCUACACCAGGAACGAGCUGCAGUACAAGGUUGAUGUGGAAAGUGUGGCAGAGCGAAUCCAGCGCAUGCAACAGGCUACACCCUGCAUCUGGUGGAAGGCCAUCAGCUACCAUUAUGUCAGGAGGACAAGGCAGGUGACACGCUACCGUAAUGGAGACGCCUACACUACCACGCAGGUGUACCACGAGCGAGUCAACACCCACGUGGCUGAGGCGGAGUUUGACUAUGGGAACUGUGGGGCUAAAGACAUCUCGAAGAGCUUGCAGGGCCUUGAGUGCUUCCCAAUCACCCGGCUGAGGUUCACCAAGUGCUUUAGCUUUGCCAACAUUGAGUCAGAGAACUCCUACCUGACGCAGAGAGCUCGGUUCUUCACGGAGAACGAGGGCCUGGAUGACUACAUGGAGGCUCGAGAGGGGAUGCACCUAAAGAAUGUGGACUUUAAGGAGCAUAUGAUUGCCUUUUCUGACCCUGAUCACCUCCCCUGGUAUGGAUUAAACUCCACUUUCUGGGCCGCAGCAGCUUUCACCAUCUCCUGGCCUCUGCGUGUGCUGACGGAGUAUCGCACUGCAUGUGUUCACUUUCGUGAGAAGCUGUUCGGCUUCGAUUAUGUGCCAGCAACACCCUCCGAGGAGCGGCCAUAUUGCAGACACAUCCCUCGAGUCAACACCAUCGACAGCACAGAGCUGGAGUGGCACAUUCGCUCCAACCAGCAGCUGGUGCCCAGCUACUCUGAGGCGGUGCUCAUGGACCUGGCUCAGCUCUCUGGGAGCUGUAACAGCUACUCUGUUUGUGGAGGCUACGGAAGCUACAGGCAGAACUGUGAGCGCUGCCACCGUGCCAUCAGCAGCUCCUCCAUCUUCUCCCGUAGCGCCCUGAGCAUCUGCAACACAGGGAGCCCUCGCAUCCCCUUUAGUGCAAGCCGCUUCUCACUGAGUCGGCUGUACGGCUCAAGGCGGAGCUGCCUGUGGCGGAGCAGCGGGAGUUUGAACGAGCAGUCCUGCCCAACAGAGAGCACGCGCUGUCUGUCAGGAAAUCCGAACAGUGAGGAGAACCCCCCGGCCUAUCAGGACGCUCUGUACUUCCCUGUGCUCAUUGUACACCGCAACGAAGGCUGCCUCAACCACGACCACCGCUCCCUGCACAGAAACGGCUCCUGUGUAGAGACCUCUCUAUGACCCACAGCCGUACAGACUUAUCGGAGCGAGGAGUAGAAUGAUACAGGGACAGAUUGACCAGGGUUGGGCUGACCUUGACCUCUCCUUCCCCCUUUUUUCAACAGAAGUAACUCAGUCUCCAACCACAACCAGGACUGGAUCAUAUCCCAGCAUGUUGUUUAAAAUAUAAUGCGCCUUUAAAGGAAUAAAUGACCAAAAACACAUGCACUGUCGUGCAACAUUCAUAAGGACAAAGGUCACAUAACUUAGAUGAAUCACAUCCUACUGUAAAAGCCAGAUUUGUAGAUCUUAGUCACAGACCAUUUACGAGGAUAUGAGUAACAUUUUAUAGUGUCUGAUAGGGGGUUUGAAUCAGCAGUAGUCCAAACGGAGAGUGAGUCAUGUGAAUUAUGAGGGACAGCCUCCUUUUUGAAAGUAUAUAUUUCACAAGACGUAGUUGUUUUUUGGGGUUUUUUUGGAUCUUAUGGCUCUAAGUGAAGAAGACGUAACAAACAAUCAAAAACAUCUGCAUGAAAAAAAAAGACCGGCUGAUUCACGUCCGUGUGUACAAAGUCAAAGCUCCUGGAAAUUCAUAAAAAAGGAAUACAGUUCUAUGGUUUAAAAAUAAAUGUCGGAUGCAGACGCUGAAAUAUCAACUUAGUAGAUAUCGGUUUGGUUGCCGUGACAUUAUACUUCCUGGCUUACUAAAAAUAGCUACACAGUUGAUGAAUAAUUUAGUACCUGAUGGGCUAAAGGACAGGAGAACUUCCAACUGAAUCAACAAUGAAGACCAUGCAUUUUGUAUAAUUGGCUUAAAAAUAAUAAACCUCACAGUUACUAGAACAUUCAGUUUAUAUCUUGAGAUGCAUUUAACUUCAUAUUUGGCAAUAUUUGUAAGCAGCCUACCUCGUUAUUGAAGUGCCUAGUGUUUUACUGUUACAGAAAAACAUAAGCUAUUUCUCACUGAAGUCAUCUCGCUCCCCAUUAAAACAACGUUUAUUUACACUUCCACUAGCCCGUGGUAUACAUAGGAAAAUGAUCUGAUCCCAUCAUUGUUUAAAAUACACAUGGUUUAAUGAAUCAGGCCCCUUACUUUUUCUUCCUCAUAUUAUAACACAGCUCAUAAGUAUAGCCGACUGAAGCGGCUGCUGAUGCAUAUCAGAGAGACAGCCAGAGCUCGCCGUCCACGAUGCUACAAAUAGGCAGAGGCCUGGAUUCACUACUGAUAGUGUCACAUUUAAUAAUAUGUCAGGGUUACUUUAAAGAAGUUAAAAAAAAAAAAAGUACUUCCUCUCAAAUCAGAACAUGCAGUGUCUGUGGUGAAUUUUAUAUAACAGUCAAGCCAUGCGGGACAAUACGGAGGCAGUGAUGAGAAUUAGGGUAUGCAAGAAGUUUAAAAAAACAUGAUAGGCAUUAACUUUUCUUAUUAACUUACUAAUGUGACUAAUAGGCUAUUUUAAGCUGUAAAAUCUCACAACCCAACUUGUCACUUCACUAAUGUGGAUGGACUAAGACUUGACUGAAUAAAACUCAGACUCAAUUCAAGAAGGGUUACUCACGUACAAAUCAGCCUUCAUACAUUAACGAAAGCUAAACUGGCAUAGAUAGUUUUUCCCACCAUGAAACCAUUCUGAUGUGUUAGAUUUGUGUCUGUUUCCACACUUUGUCUUUACAAUAAUGAGCCUUGUCCAGUACAAUGGGACCGGUAAGCCAUACUCAUCACACUCCAUUUAUAGUGUUAAGUUUGGUGUUACAAUGUCUUCACAGCAAUACCAGAGAAAUCACAGGUAAUUGUCGAAGGGAGCAUGAUGAAAAACACAGAUUCUAUGAAACCUCAAAUUUGAUUUGAACUGUUUUUACAACACCUAGGUCGUCUAUGCAAGCCGCCAGAACUCAGGAUGGUAUCCAGGAAGGAUUGUAACAACAGACAUGCAGACGUUUUGAUUUACUGCUCAAAGGCUUCACCUGUUCAUAACUUGUUUUAGAAAGAAAAACAAAGUUUGUUGAAAAGACUGACGUGACACCAUUAUUCACAUUCCAGGUAACAAAGCAAGGCUAGGUAUUUAACACUUGGCAGUAAGCUAAUGAUAAUAAUGUGAUGAUGAAUAAACUCUACUUAGGUUCUUGUUUAGGGAUGCAACCCAUUUCUGUGUGCUAUUUGUAGAUCUGUAUUUAGCAAACAAACCAACUGAGAUCUCUCUAUAAAGGUUAAAUACAUGGUUUACCUGUGAUAAAAAAAACUCUUAUUUGCGUUCCUCUCAAGAGUUUGAAGAGCUUUAAAUCACUCAAGAUGUAUGUGCAGUUAUAAAGAAGCUACUGACAGCAGUGAACUGCAACAGGCUAGCUUGGCUUCAUCUCUCGUUUAUUAAAACAUCUUUGGUUAUUUGGAACAAAAGCAGAACAGUAAAAACGAUGUAUGGUCAUACAGCUAAUAUGUUCCGCACGUAUAAGUGCUCAGAUAAAAGCUUUAAUGGUAGGUGUACUUUCUUAAAUCGUGUCUUACCAUAGCCAACUAACAGCUGCUGGGUGUAUGAGCUCUACAUUUACUGGACGGUAACAGCCGGAUGUUGAGCAAGAAGAACAAUUGAUUUCUUAGUAAGAAAACAAACAGGUGUACUUCCAAUAACGUCAAAAUAUUUCUUUAAUGGUUUACUGGUUGUGAACAACAAAGCCUUUUUUUAACAUAAGGGGUUUUCUUUUGUUUCCAAAUGUAUGAAACGAAAUGAAACACAGGGAUUUAAAUGUUAUGAUUCAUCUGAUAGAGGCUGGAUCAUUUCCCAGCAUGCAUUAGUCAGAGGAAGAGCAAACUAGCGAGUAAAUAUCUACUUAAAUGGCUAUCUAGUGGGGAAAAAAAGUAAUUUUGCUCUCAGAUUUUCACUGAAGUCGUCACAUUCAUUCAUUCAAUAUAAGCCAACUGGCCUCUUAGAUGGCUACACUGUGAUAUUCACAAAUAUUCAUGUGUAGUAACAAAUCAAAAAAUGUGUUUACCAGUGCAAUGUUUACGUAGCAGCAGCAGUGGCAAAAAAAAAAAAAAAAAAAAAGAAACCAAUUUGUGUUAAUCAAAUCCAAAUGAUGACUGUUAGUGUAAAGGCUUUUGUCAUGCAAAGCACUGAACCCUUUAUUCAUGUGUAGGACGUAGAUUAGGAUGUUAUACUACGUACUCUUUCACGCUCUGGGGCUCGUCUUUUUGUAUUCAAAGGAUUUUGUUGAUUUAAAGACUGUAGGGCAGAACAGGGUUUUUACUGUAAAUAAAAUAGAGAUGAGAGGUUAGAAUGACUGUCGCAGUGAGUCUUGUGCUUAGCUGAAUAUGUCACGCAUACUUUAGAGGUAACUCAUGCAGGGACGUUUUUUUUGAUGUGAAGAUGUUAAAUGGUGAGUUUGUUAAGUCGGAAACGGCAAUACAAUCACAGCAGACAGCCUAUUUGUGCUGCUUUUUAUUUACUAGAUUAAAUUAUUUUUUAUUUCCCUAAAAGCCAUUUUUACAUUUUUUAAAUACAUUUUUGAUAUUUCACUAAAAUCAGACUCUUGCCAACAUGAUUUGACUGAUUUAGCAUGGGGGUUAAACACAUUCCCAUCUUCUUUUUAAGGAAAAGAGUUGCUGGAUUAUUGCAAAUUAUUAAAGAAUCUCUAUAUUUGAUCAAAUGUACACUACUUUUUUGUACUAGUUCACCAUCCCUUUAAGAAAAACUCCUUCUCCUCUUAAUGAUUCUGGCAAUCAACUCCUGAAUUUGCAGGUUUUAAAAUGUUGAAAAUAUAAGUUAUUACAUUCAAAAGGUUUUGUUACUGCACAGUGAAGGUAUGACUGCUUUAACAUUGGACUGUAGAAAGAGGUUAAAAAAAUGCAAGUCUGUAUGUAUUCCA